AUGCGGCCAGACUCCUACCAAGAAACGCCACACUACAUAUACCCCUCGGGCGGAUCAGUGUCCUCGGUCGACUACAAUACUCGCCACGGCAGCUCUGUCUCUUCAAUGGAGAACCACACCACCCUCAACAGCAUUUCCAACGGCACAGGACCCAAAAAACAGCCCUCCUUUGAAUAUUCACAUCUCUCGCACCAACAACAACGACUUCCACAACAACAACAAUCACAAUCACAAUCUCAGUCGCAUACAACCCUCGGCCUGUCGACAUUAUCCACCCCGCAGAGUUCACCACAAUCGACCCGCGUGGAUUAUCAACACGGACGUGGACACAGCUCGUACCAGUAUAGUAGUGGGAGCGAGGAUGAGCAUGACUCCUUCUCGUCCUCCCAAGAGCCUGAAUUGCUCGGAGACCUCUCUCGAUCCUCCUCGGCCUACCGUGCGAGGCGCGAUUCAGGCCUCCCUCCGAUCAAGAUGAAUGCAGCCAAGAGGCUGCCGCACUUCAACACAAGUCUAACGUCCAUGGCUACCGACUCUGUCGUGGAGGAAGAGGAGGAAGAGGAGGACGAGGAGGACGAGACUAGACAUCCAAUGAGCAGGCGCUUGCAUCAUGAGGUUGACGAAAGCAGCAUACCGGAAGAGGAGGAGGACGAGGACGAUCAGGAGGACGAAGUGGUUCAGGCACUCGAUCGGGAUAUGGCAGCAAGGCAGACGAACAAUCUAUUCAGGAAAGGCGAUAACAGCGGAUCCAAACAGAGGUAG